CUCUGGCACAGAGAUUCGAACCCUCGAACCACAUCCAUUUCGAUUUCACCGACAAUGUCAUAAAAUGGAUGUAGCUCUACGUAGUACUCAUUUAAAAAAUGGAUGUACUGGCGCCAAUGUAUGAAAGAUUCUGACCGAUAACAUAAGACGGGAUUGCGGCGGGAAGAAGCAAAAGGCGGCAAAAGGAUGUCGAACGUGAUCGUGUUGAGUGAUUCGGACGAGCCCUCGUCUCCCGUUGCUGACAAGCGCAACGAGAUCGGAUGGGGUAUUAACGGCGGGUGUUGUACGGACCCUACGAAUGACUUCGAUCUCCCGGAGGUGCCGUUCUGCCGCGAGAUCGCGGAGAGCUCGACGUCGCAGGGCGAGAAUCUUUCGGACUUGAACGCCGACGAUGACUGUUGUAAACAUGCUGAAGGACCGCCCGUGUCCGAUUUGGAGAACAAUCGGGUGGAAAAGACGUCGCGUAAGGCGACCGCGGCUACCAGGAAGGACAAGACGACGCUGAGGGAGGAGCGGUUGAGACGUCAGCAAGCUCUGGCGAGGGAGAAGGCGUUGAAGGCGAUCGAGCGGAAGACGUCCAGGGACAUGAAACCCGGCGAGUGCGUGAGGUUUAUGGAGGUCAAUCUUGAUCGCGACGUCGACGCGGUCGUUUCUCGAGAGGAGAUCGAAAGCGCGUUGCGGAAUGCCGAUAUCAAGUGCAACGCGACCACCGAGCUGAUUCCUGGCAGCAUCACGUGGCGGAGGAACGUCGAGGAGGCCUGCGUCGGCGAGGACAAUCAGGUGCGCACGAGGACGAGCGUGCGGACGGAGGAGUACGCUAUUGUGAUUUGGAGCAGCCACGAGGCGGUGAGGCACGUGGCGGAGGGCACCUUCUGCACGUCCGUCUCGAGCAGCAGGGACCUGAUACCGGGUUACAACGUGACCCUGGUCAUCUGCGGCAUGGAGGAGUACUUCGCGUCUCGAAGGAAGCAGAAAUCGAAUCCAGCUGGUGGUAAAGGGUCCAGGUACAACGGCAAAGGUAAUCAGCGGUUCGACGACGCGUCGCCGGUCAUAUCGAGGCGGCAACUGGAGAUGUGCCUGGCCGAAAUUCAGAUAGUGGCCAAAUGCAGCAGUAGAUUGGUCGAGAGCGCGCAGGAGUUGGCGUUGAUGGUGUGUCAGUAUACCAAGUCCAUUUCGGAAAUACCGUACAAAUUGCAGAAGAGAGGCAGCCGGGAAGAUAAAUUCGACUGGUACGUCAUGGGGGACAACAAGAACACGGUGCGCGUGGACAAAGAUGGCAACGGGCUGAAGAGACUGUGGCAGCAGCAGCUGUGCCAAUUUAACUUGAGCAGCUUGGAAACGUCCGAGGCAAUAUGCACAGUUUAUCCCAGCCCAAUGCAACUUGUCAGGGCUUAUAGAAAAUGCACACCUGACGAAGGCAUGAAUUUAUUGAAAGAUAUAUCUAUAAGGAGAGCGGCAGGACCUCUCACAGCUGCGCGUAAAGUGGGUCCUGAAUUAAGUAAAAAGGUGUAUGUGAUGUUUACGUCGCAAAACGGGGAUGCUUUAUUAGGGAAUGAGGUAUAAAUAAUUGCAAACUUUUAUAAGAAUUUCAUCUACAUGUAAUUCUAUUCCAUUUCAAGUCCUUCAUGUUUAUAAUACAAAUGCAUUAAGUUAUGUAACAAUUGUGUAAUCCUUAGAACGUUAUCUAUUUUUGAAUUACAUAUACUUUAACUUUUUUCAGUCUAUUGAUAUAUUAUAAUUAGAAAAAAUUUUAAAUUUUCAAUAAUACUUUUGUUUCUCAAAAAUCAGGUUUUGCUAGUCAAUUUAAAGAAUGUAAUUUAUUUGUAACCCUUAAAUUAAGUAAUAAAUUGAUAUUUUUAUCAUGCAUUUUUGCGCAAUCAUCGUUCAUUUUUUUCAGACAUAUUUUAGAAAAAUCCGUAAACGAAUUGUAACAAAAGAUUAACAUUUUAGAAACAAUAUGCAAUUUUCAAAAUAACAAUAUAUCACUGUUGUUUAAUACUAUCUUUUUUUUUGUUUUUCCCAUUCUUUGGUUAAUUUCAAUCUAGCAGCGAACAUUUUGUACGUAUAAAAAAAAUUUAUAAAUCAGAAUAUCAUUGAACAAUUAAACAAUUAUAU